UUGUUUCAGGCGUUUGCGUUGUGCCGGACGGAGAAAGCCGACGGGCCGGGGGAAAAAAAAUGGCUCUCCGUUUAGACGCCACACUUUUAAUCCGAAAAAUGAAGGAUUUAAGGAAUUUAACGUUCAGAAGACAUCGAGUCAAAGAGAAAUGGGCUGCGUCGCGCCCGAAAUACCCUGCGACCACUUUAGCUCAGCAGCAGUUUGACAUCACCUACAACACUCAACUGGGCCAGCUCUGGCCAUCGGUUCGAGUCGCCCUGCUCUCGGAGAAAAAAUACGGAGCUCUGCUAAAUAAUUUCUGCAGUGAUGCUUUGGUGGAAGAUCUCCAUUAUCUCGGAUGUAGAGAUUUCCUCACAGACAUAAACACAAAAGGUGUGGAGUGUGACUCAGAAGGUGGCACAUCCCUUCUACACCUCAGUCCUAACAUCAAGUGCCUGGUCUUCCCGAGAGGGGAUAUAACAAGAUUCAAGCCAGCCAGACCAGAUGCAUCGGGGCUUUUAAGCCACUACCUGAUGGAUGCUGCGUCAGUGCUGCCCUGCCUUGCUCUCGACGUUCACGAGGGCCACACUGUGCUGGACCUGUGUGCAGCCCCAGGAGGAAAGACCUUGGCUUUGCUGCAGACUCAAGCCAUUGGUUUUUUGUGUUUAAACGACGCCUCUGUGUCUCGGACAUCAAGACUGAGAAAGGUGCUACACAGCUUCAUCCCUAAAGCGUUUUUGAACCUUGAGAAGCUGCGCAUCACUUCCUUGGAUGGCAGCAAGUGGGGGGAAAUAGAACACAACACUUUUGACCGAGUCCUCGUGGAUGUUCCCUGUACCACAGACAGACAUUCCCUCAUGGAGGACGACAACAAUAUAUUCAACAAGAACAGAACCGCAGAGAGACGACAUCUGCCUCAACUGCAGCUGGAGCUACUAAUGGCAGGAGUGGCGGCGGCCUGCCCAGGAGGCGAGAUCGUUUACUCCACCUGCACACUUUCUCACAUCCAGAAUGUUGGCGUUGUUCAGCAAGCCAUCCACUUGGCUCAGGAGAACCAUGGCAUUCAGUUACAGGUAGUGGACCUGAAACCGCUCAAACACAUGUUUAGGAACACCUUUGACUUCGCUCCUGACCUCCACGUGGGGGAGAUGGUCAUCCCACAUUUAACAGCUAACUUUGGACCCAUUUAUAUGUGCAAGUUGAGGAGGCUGACAUAGACCGUGGACAGGGGGAAGACUAUUUUCACUUUUUGCUUGUUUGCUAGGGUCAUUUAAAAGUGAAUGUAUGGCCACACAUCCAAUAAAAGUCAUCAAUACAUUGUAAUAUGAAAUGUUCAAACAGUGGAAGUACACUUAACGGAAACUGAUGACUAGGGAUGUACACCAUGUACCGUUGUUUUUGUUACUGGUUCCGCAUUGGGCCAGUCCAGGAAGACUGUUUAGAUCAGGGGUCCCCAAACUUUUUGACUCGGGGGGCCGCAUUGGGUUAAAAAAAUUUAGCUGGGGGCCGGGCUGUAAAAUAUAUAUCAGGUCAGGAAAUAACACAGAGGCUAUUUCAUCCCUACGAGCCUGUUUCGCAGGUUUCCCUGCUCUUCAGGGGAUUUUAUAAUAGCACAGUCUCCAGCACCACCCACGACCCCGAAAGGGAUAAAUGGUAGAAAAUGGAUGCAUAUAUAAUAAAAUCCCCUGAAAAGCAAGAAUCCUGCGAAACGGGAUUUUAGAAAAGUUUUUUUUUUUGUUUUGGGUUUUUUUUGUCAUGAAAAAGGGAGUUUUUUUGGGGUUGGUGCACUAAUUGUAAGUCUAUCUUGUGUUUUUUAUGUUGAUUUAAUUAAAAAAAUAAAAAUUUAUUCUGCGGCCUGGUACCAAUCAAGCCGCGGCCCGGUGGUUUGGGGACCACUGCUUUACAGCAUGUUACUGUGAAUAAAAAAAAAAACUACCAUUUUUUUUUUUGCGUUAAAAUUCUGUUGACUGAACUGCCGUAUUUUUACUGUAAAAUCUUGUUUUUAACGGUUUAUUACUGUAAAUGGAAAAACGCUACAUUUGUUUUCACGGUAGAAAAACUAGUUGCCAGAAUAAAAAAAUACAUAAUUUUAUCUGGCCCGCGGUCACCUGGAAAUGAUAUGUGCCAAUAAAGUACUUAAUAUUUUCUCACUAAA